AUGCCAACCUUCCCCUCAUUUGAGACGCUAAUCUUCGUUGGCCAGACCUUCUGGAUAUUCCAAACCUACCUCCAUGACCUGUCGGCGCAUCCCCAGACCGAAUCGUUUCAGACCUGCGCGAGAGUUUACAACAAGGUGCAACAUAUUGUCUUUGGAUUGUCCGACACUGCGCGCCAUGAGAAGAUUCGAGAUAACAUUUUGCCGGUGACGGUGUUGUCGAGCUUCGUUCUCGCGAGUAUCGCCGUGCCGAUCCUGCCGCAUUGGGCUGGUCCUCUCGCCGUUGCACAGGCGCGGAAACCUCAGCCUUCUGUGGACCUCAUCGCCGAAACAAGACCGGAGAGCGCGAAGCCGACGAGGUCCCAAACUGUGACAGUGGGGACAUCGCGAUCGAAGCGUAAUCGGGAAGGGCCUCGCAGCGUGAGUGGUGGUGGCGGUGGCCAGGAGGCGUCUUCGCCGACAAGAUCGAGUCGUAAGGUCCCACCCGCGAUUAUCACGAGGCCACCUCCCGCGAGCGUCCCGAAGAAGCCUCCGAAGACGUCUGUCGAGUCCAAGAUUAAACCCCAAUUUGAGAUGCUGUCCCUCGAUGCCCGAUUAAGCUCGUCCUCGUUGCCCCUCCCUGAUACCCGUACUUCCAAGACGAUAACCCGUCCGACGACUCCAAUAUCCGCGGGCCUAGUAGCGCAGGCGAAUAACGUCCUUCUGUCCAGGAGGCACUCGCACCAUAUCAAGGCCAGAAGAUCCGCGUCAGACUUGACCCGCGUACAGAAGACGAGACUCUUGAGGCAACAUUACUUUAGGAGCGAGACUCAGUUUCUAACGGCUCUGGAGGCCAUUUCGAAUCGUCUCGUGAUUGUGCCGAAGCUCGCUCGUCUGAGCGCACUGCGAGCUGAGUUGGCGCUUAUCGCUCAAGACUUGCCCGCGGAGGUUGACAUCCCUGUCAUCUGCCCACCAACCUUGGUCAACGGUUCGCCCAGCAAGAGCCGGCAUCACAGAAUCGUCAGGUUAAACCCUGCCGAAGCUACAGUUCUAAACAGCGCUGAAAAGGUACCUUAUCUUCUCAUGGUCGAGGUUCUGCGGGAUGACUUCAACUUCGACCCUGAUACGGGAGAUAAUGAGCGGUUGAUCACUACGCUGCUCUCCGAGCAAGGACCGAAACGAAGGUUAUUUGACUUGUCCGACGCCCCGAGAGUACAUUCAAAUUCGAACUUGAACCCUCGCCAAUCUGAGCCCAUUAUCGACAGCGUCUUUGAGCCGACGUCCGGCGAUCUCGGAAGUUCACCCCUGAUAAAGACGCCGGAGGACGAGCUUCCCCCAAAGUCCCCGAACUCUUAUCUACCGUAUCAUGUCGUUCACAAAAGCGCGACAUACACAUCAUCAUCCGACUUGGCUCUUGCCCCCAUGACUGCAGAAAAUUCUAUAUCUAGGUCGAGCAGCCCUGGUGGCAGAAGUCGUAGGAGAAUGACCUUGCAGCCCCGCGCCAACGCAUCUCUCGACCAACCAGACUUCUCGGCACUAGCCACGCAUAUGCGCACUGCGGCGCAAAUGCUUUCGCAACUCGAAGCUACGAGCGGCAAGCGGCCCAAGUACGAGGUGGAGGCGAUUCGAUCAAAGAUUAUUGCGAGCAUGCAGAGCCUAGAAGAGCAAAGCUUCGAUUUAGAUGAUGGCCACGGCCCGACGUUCGACACGAUCAUGGCUAAAGCGAGUACACAAUCGGCGGCAGCGGCUAAUCCGGACCUAGACGAGGACUCGGGACUAGACCAAGCACUCGAAGCCAGUGCGGGAGUAGCCAGGAUGGAGAAUGAUUUCAAGACCGGCGGUUUGCAACGCAAAGGCGACCGUGACGACCCCAGCGCAGCCGUCUUCGGCGAGGCGUGGCAAGCGAAGAAGGAGCGCAUCCGCGCGACAUCCCCCUAUGGCUGGAUGAAGAACUGGGAUCUCGUCAGCGUCAUCGUCAAAACCGGUGCAGACUUGAGGCAGGAGGCAUUUGCCUGCCAGCUCAUCAACGUUUGUCACAAGAUCUGGGUCGAUGCCGGUGUCGACGUGUGGGUGAAGCUGAUGAAGAUUCUCGUUACGGGCGAAUCUUCGGGCCUGAUCGAGACUAUCACGAACGGCGUCUCGCUUCACUCCAUCAGGCGCAGUCUAACGCUGGCCUCGAUCGAGUCCGGCCAGAACCCGCGGCGCAAGAUGGCGACGUUGAAGGAUCACUUUCUCAAGGCGUUUGGCCCCGAGGGUAGCGAUGCGUACAAAGCUGGAGUGGACGCGUUCAAGCGGUCCCUGGCGGCGUACAGCAUCAUCUCUUACGUCCUGCAGCUCAAGGAUCGGCAUAACGGCAACGUGUUGAUCGAUAGCGAGGGGCAUAUCAUCCACAUCGACUUUGGCUUCAUGCUUUCCAACUCACCGGGCUCCGUGGGUUUCGAGGCGGCUCCUUUCAAGCUUACGUAUGAAUAUGUGGAGGUCCUGGGAGGGGAGUCCUCGGCGGACUUUGAGGACUUCAAGAAGCUGUGCAAGCAGGCAUUCCAAGCUCUGCGGCGCUCUGCCGAUAACAUCAUCGAUUUAGUAGCUAUGAUGGGCCAAGAGUCUAAGAUGCCCUGCUUCUCGUCUAACGUGGUGACGGCGACCAACAGCUUGAGGCAGCGCUUCCAGCUACAGCUCAGUGCCGAUGCGGCGGAGCAGUUUGUCGAGAAUGACUUGAUUGGCAAGUCGCUCGGCAGCUAUUACACUCGCCUUUAUGAUACUUUCCAAUACAGGACCCAGGGUAUUUACUAG